UGGUGACGUCGUCUGUGCUGCUCUCAAACAACAACAUCAAUAUUCAUUCUUUACAGAUACAUAUUUACCAGAAACUGACGCUAAAAUGUCGCCAGACACCAAAUUACAUUCCAGGUCGGUCCUCGCAACCAGGUACCGCCCAGGCCGGCAGAGUUUGGGCGAUAUUCGGCGUUUUUUUCGUCGUCUGGAACAGAAGAAGAAGGAGGCACAAGAUGGCGACAGGGGAAGCGAAACAGACAGAAGACCCUGCCCAGGAGAAGCGGGACCGUAUGAGGGUCCAUGUUAUUAAAGAGAUACUGAAGACGGAGGAAGACUACGUCCACACCUUAGAAUUUCUGGUCACGGCCUUCCUGAAGAGGAUGCGUUCUCGCAUGGCGACCCACAACGACAAGCUGAUUACAGAGGAGACCAUCUGGAUCCUGUUCUCCAACAUCGAGCAGCUGCUGACGCUCCACCAGAAACUCCUCUCCACCCUGAAGGAGGGUCUCCAACCCGAGCCACACGCAGGGCACGAAGUCGGAGCUUGCUUCCUCAAACAUCUGUCAGAGUUCAGUGUGUAUGAGAUGUACUGCAGUAACCAUGAGAAGGCCCAAUGGCUGCUGUUGGAGCUACAGAAGGACCCAAACAUUAAAGGCUUUCUGCUGGCCUGUAUGUUGCUGGGAGGCCACAAGACCACAGAUGUCCCACUGGAGGGAUAUCUCCUGUCUCCCAUCCAGAGGAUCUGCAAGUAUCCUCUUCUACUCAAGGAGUUGCUGAAGCAGACAGUAUCGACCCACCCUGACAUCGACCAUGUGAAGUCUGCCCUGGUGGCCAUGAAGGACGUCUGCUCCAAGAUUAACGAGACCAAGCGCAGGAUGGAGAGUCUGGAGGCUCUGGAGGAGUGGCAGUCUAAAGUCGAGGGAUGGGAGGGAUCUAACAUCACGAACACCUGCACAGAGCUGAUCAAGCAGGGCAUGUUGCUGAAGAUCUCUGCAGGAAACGUGCAGGAGAGGGUGUUCUUCCUGUGUGACAACCUGCUGGUCUACUGCAAGAAAAUACCCUCCAUAUCAAAAAGAGUGAUUGGUAAGAAGACCCUGACCAAGCGACAGUCUAUCAUGAUGCAGCAGCUGCAGCUCCCGUCAUCGCAGGAGACAAAAGUCCAGUACGAGUACAUCUUCAGGGGCAGGAUCAGCACUGAACUCAUGGAGAUAGAGAACAUUGAGGAUGGAACUGCUGACUUCCACAGUAGUGGGUACACGGUUACCAACGGCUGGAAGGUCCACAACAAUGCCAAGAACAAGUGGUUCGUCUGCAUCGCCAAAACUCCGCAGGAGAAACAGGAGUGGCUGGAGGCCAUCUACCAGGAGAGGGAGAAAAGGAGAAGUGUGAAGCAGUCCCUGCAGAGAGACACGUGGAACCUGAUCUCUGAGAAGGGCGAGCGGCUCUACCACCUGAUGAACCGCAACACCAGCCUCAUCAGGGACAGGAAACAUCAUCUCAGGACUUACCACAAGUGCUUCGUAGGCAGUGAGUUUGUCUCCUGGCUGAAGGAGCUGGGAGAGAUUAACUCCGUGGAGGAAGGAGUUCACCUGGGACAGCUGCUACUGGAGAACGGCAUUAUACACCAUGUUGUUGACAAGCACCACUUCAAGAAUGAGCCUCUGCUGUACAGGUUUCGCUAUGACGACGGAACGUACAAGGGUCGGAGCGAGAUGCAAGACAUGAUCGCAAAGGGCAUCCACAUCUACUGUCGCCUGCACGGACUGUUCAACCCUCUUAUCAAGAAUAAGGACCACUACCUGCGGACUCACAAGUCCGUGAUGGUGGCCAGUCGUCUGGUGGACUGGCUGGUGGAACAGGGUGACUGUAAGACCAGGGAGGAGGCAGUUAUGCUGGGACAGGCUCUCUGUGACAGUGGCUUCAUGCACCAUGUGUUGGAGAAGUACAAGUUUAAGGAUGACUCGCUGCUGUUUCGGUUCUAUGCUGAUGAGGAACUGGAGGGAAUCGCAGCUCGAGGGAAACAGCCUGCCACUGGGGGGAGUGGGGCUGCUGCUGCUGCAGCUAAAAUGGAUUUCCGUCAGGUUGCCGGCUUCAUGGCGAGGACCCUUGCUGUCCCUGUGCAUGAUGGGAAGGUUGGGUUCCAUCUGGAGAAGGCAGACCAGGGACUGUUGGUUGUCACGGUAGCGGACCAGUCUCCUGCUCAGAAAGCCCGUCUGUACCCAGGCAUGAUGGUGAAGGCCAUCAAUGGCCACUACUCCUUAAACCUGACUUCCUCCAACAUUAAGGCCCUCAUCAAGGCUGCCUGCACACAGAGUGGCAUCCUCAAUGUCACAGUCGCAGCUCAGCAGCAGGACACUACAUCCAUUGUCCAGGCCAGACAAGACUUAGGUUUCCAGGUGCGAGGCAGUAACCCAUGUGUGGUUCACCUGGUCAAGCCUGAUAGUCCAGCAGGGAAAGCAGGCCUGUUCCCAGGACAGAGCAUUUUACAGGUGAAUGGGAAGGAUGUGUCCUGUGCCUCUCAUGACACGGUUGUCUGUGCUAUCAAACGCAUCUCCCACGGGCUCAUGAGGGCCAAGUCAGAGACUCACAUGCAUCGGAUGGGAAAGUCCAUCCACCGCAAGCGUCUCUCUCCUGUCAACAGUGUGCAGGAAACUUUCAGGAAGGACUCCAGCACUGAUCAUGUUGAACCAUCAACAUCUCAGGAGCCAGGAGGUGAGAAGUCUGACUCUAACGGGGCCUCACCGGGCGACAAGUCUCCCUCGUCCCCGCGCCCGCUGUCCCAGACUGUCACAACUCCCACCAACAAAGUCACCCUGCAGGUACAGAACAGUGGACUGGAGCACUAUGCUGUGUACGAGUACGAGGCCAGUGGUGGGGUCAGGUAUCAGGUGCUGGAGAGUAUGAAGGAGUCAGACACCACCUUCACUAUUCCUGCUAAGUUGGUGAACCUGUACCUUGAAGAAGACCAGAAGUUCCUGGCUGAACUCGAGGCCCUCCCGAUCCCCCCCAGAAUGGAUGAGGGACAGAAGGCGUGGCUCGUCAUGGCUAAGGACAAGUGGAAGGAGAUUCUUCAGAGGAAGAUCAAGGCUUACCAGAAGUUCUCGAGGUUGCUGUCCAACCACAUCUGGCCGUCCUUCAAGGCGGUUCGCAUGAGACAGAACCCUCCCCUCAGUAUGGACUUCUGUCCGAUGAACUGUCACCUGCAGACCCUGGACAUCAGCGAAGUGGUACCAACUCUCUCCCUCCCUCAACAGCCACAGGAAGAACCAGGGACUGAGGACACAGAACCACCGGCUGAUGGCUCCAACCCUGUGGCCUGUGAGCACACUGCCUGCACCAUGGUGACUCUAGCUGCCCCUGCUGCCCAUGCCAUGGGGCUGGGUAAGGGAGGUCUACAGGACAUCGUGGGAGGCACGAAGGACCUUCAGGACUCCAUGCACAACAUUCUGUGUGUCCUGGAGUCGGCAGUCCGCGAUCUGGACCACAAGGAAGAGACCAUCAUCAAAGUGUUAUCAGGAGACCAGCACCAGAUGCUUGUCCCUGUGGGCUGUGUCCAUCCCCCUCUGGUGGCCACUGGCAGCGGCAGUGGGGAUGACCUGGAGGCCAACACGUUCCUGGAAUUCGAGGGGAUAUUUCAGGGCAUCAUCGGCAGGAGGGCGUCCAAGAUGGUGGUGACGAAGGACAAGGUGGUGAGGAGGGAGAUGGACAGCUUUCUUGCACAGGCAUGUCACCUGUGGGAGCGGCUGAGAGGUGAGGAUGUGGAUGAGGCCCUGAAGGAGGUGCAGAGGGUUUUCCCGUGCAGGGACUUCAGGGGAAAGCUACAUGACCUGGGUAAGGUGGUGGAGUGUUAUAAGGACUUCUUACACCAGCAUGAAGGGAAGGAAACUACCAUUGUGGUGGAGGGAGUGAAGACACUGGUGGGGGAGCUCACCAAAGUCGCUCAUGAGCUGAGACAUAUCAUGUUCCUGGGGAUUCUGGCCAAAGAAGACCCCACCACCAGCAGCAGGAGGGACGUGGUGUUCUCCCAGGCCCUGUCUGCCGCUGUGUACCCCACUACCAGCAGCAGGAGGGACGUGGUGUUCUCCCAGGCCCUGUCUGCCGCCGUGUGUGCCUUCUCAGAACAACUGCUGGCAGCCCUGAACUUCUCCUUCAACAACAUGAAGGAGUAUAAGAUAGACAACAAGCUGGCGAGCAUCAAGUGGCUGGAACAGACAGCCUCCAUUGGUGUGCUGGUCAUGUUUCAGGCCAUGCUGUCUCCUAACUGGAAUGACGAGAAGUCCAUCCUGCAGGACUUGGUGGUCGGGGUCAGUGACCUGGACAAGGUGACCUUCAUCUUCAGGACUCUGUCUCCACAGGAGUGUCAUGAAGCUGUAGAGCUGACCCACAGUGUUGAGGGCACGCGGUCUGGAGUCCAGGUUGUUUUUUACCUGAAGAAAAACCUGUUCCUGAGACUUCCCCGCCGACUCCAGGCCGGCAGCAGCAUCAAGAUGUGCCCGGUGCUCUUCAACCAGGCCUUGGUAAACCUACACCAGAGCUGGGACGUGGAUUUUGUGAACGCUGUUCAGAUGCAGAACAACAUCAACCAGCAGGCCAUUCACGAUACACAGGCCUUCUACAGGAGGUUCAAAGGAUUCCACCUUGACAAGUCCAAGCUCCCUGGUAACCCCAGUGCUAAGGUUGUCAUGAUGGACAAGCUUCUUCGCCCCCUGAACUCCUCUGAUGAGCUCCUGCGGCAGUUGGACACUCUGGUGAUGCAGGGGAAGAAGAAGCAAGGCUUCGGGAUCGACCACGGGCUGGGAGUGGGGCUGGUCUCCAUCACCGCAGAGUUCUGCUUCAGUGUGGGGGCAUGCAGGCUGCUCAUGUGCAAUACCGGCAUCCACAGAACCUCAUGUGCAGCCACCUUGGAGCAGAGCAUCAUCCUGACACGUUGCCACGGGUUACCGUCCCGUUACCUAGCAACGGCCGCACACAUCAUCAAGAACCAAGGGGUCAGAGUUCAGAACGAAGCUAAGAACCCAAGGAUAGAGGACAACACACCUGCAGGGAUCCCCAGGCUGUACAGUCUGUGCCAGGACAGCGGCAGUCCAGAGGCAGAAGCCAGGAAGCCCACCUGACUAUCACGUGCUGACAGUGUAGCAUCAUCAUCAUCAACAUCAGGCAACCACUGUAUACUGUCAUGACAUGCCUGAAACUGGGUGGUAUGGUCCAGAUUUUGUCAUUCCUACAAUAAUGUUAAAUUAAUAAUUCAGGAAGCCGACCUGACUAUCACGUGCUGACAGUGUAGCAUCAUCAUCAUCAACAUCAGGCAACCACUGUAUACUGUCAUGACAUGGCUGAAACUGGGUGGUAUGAUCCAGAUUUUGUCAUUCCUACAAUAAUGUUAAAUUAAUAAUUCAGGAAACCGACAUGACUAUCACGUGCUGACAGUGUAGUAUCAUCAACAUCAACAUCAGGCAACCACUGUAUACUG